GCCUCCGCUGCUGCGCUGCGACCUUCCAAUUUUAGCCCCCGAUCGACCCUAAUCUCUUCACUCCUUCCCAAACUUGCCUUUAAAUCAUCUCUCUUCGUUUAUUUAAUCGCGACUUCGGUGGAAACCCUAAAAAAAAAAAAAAAUCCUUCUUUUGUGGAAUCUUUCUUCUUCUCCAGUAGGAAAAGAUCAAAGAGGGGUUUCCGGCCAUGCUCCAGAGUCAGUUCUCCAGCAUGAGAGGUCCGAUCAAGGCUCUUGAAGCAGACAUAAGCCAUGCCAAUGCCCUGGCAGAUACUAUUCAGAGAGCCUAUGGUGGUGCUUGCCUCCACAUGAGGUUGUCUUGCAACAAUUUGGCACCUUUCUUCAUCUUCCUCAUGCAGUGCAUGGAUUGUACCUGUUCUUAUAGUCUUCUUAGUUUUUUGGGCAUUUUCCAGAUUAUAAUUUACAAGGUUUAUGUGGAUGGAGAAUCAUCAAUAUCGACUUCUGAAAGGCAUGCCGACCUAAAGGAAUUUUAUGCUGUUAUUUAUCCCUCUCUUCAACAACUUGAAAGCAGCAUGGUCGAUGGGGAGGCGUGCAGCGAGAGUGGCCGAAAUAAGGAGAUUGUUGGGAUGAAGAGGAUGGAAGAGUGGGAAAAGUUUUCCGAUGAUGAUUUGGAUAGGGAGGAUGAAUGCGGGAUAUGCCUGGAGGUGUGCAGCAAGAUGGUCUUGCCUAGCUGCAGCCAUUCCAUGUGCUUAAAAUGCUACCGCGAUUGGAAUGUGAGAUCUCAGUCGUGCCCUUUCUGCAGGGGAAGCUUAAAAAGAGUUCGCUCAAGAGACCUCUGGGUGCUUACAAACAAUGAAGAUAUUCUUGAUACCAUGACUCUCGAAAAGGAUAAUGUGAGGCGCUUCUACCGCUAUAUAGAUAGUUUACCCUUGAUGAUUCCUGAUAACCUUUUCUUAGUCUAUUAUGAUUACCUAAUCUAGUAAUUGGAUUCAGGAAUCAUUUUAUAUGAACAGUGUUAAAGUCAACCAUCCAAGGUAGAUUGAAUUGGGUUUGGAAGAGCUUAGUUUGAUCUGAAAAGUCUCUUCCAAUUGUAUAGUUGAAUUGCAUUAUGAUGCAUUCAAGUACAUUUGUACAUAAAAGUUGCAUUAUGAUCUUUAAGCUUUGUUUUCUUUUUC